GACCACAAAACAAGCUACUACAAAACAUAAGCCGUUUUUCUUUAUUUACAAAAAAGAAGCAAUAUUUCUCUUUAACCUUGAGUUAGACAUUUCUCCUUCAAUAGAAGAACCAUUAAAAGGUCAAAUAUUAUGUUGUUUUGAGAGUCUUUUAGAACAGUUAAAUCUUGUUCAUCAGCAGGCUCAA